AUGUUUAAUAAAAAUAAUAACAACAAUAAAAAUAAUAAUAAUAAUAAUAAUAAUAAUAAUAAAAUAAUUAUUUUACCAAAUGUAAUUAUUAUUAAAAUUAUUAAUUAUUUAACAUCGUUUUGGGAAGGAUCAAGUUUUACAAAUGAUGUUAAUGAACUCUUUACAUUGGUAAUUAACAAUGUUGUAAGAGAUUUAUCUAUGGUAUCUCGAGAUUGGUACAAAAUGGUUUCUCGAGGAUUAAAACUACCCAAUUAUUAUUUGCUUCAAGAAAGUUUAUUAGAGAGCAAUAAAACCAUCCAAAGAAUGAUCAAAGCAGAUUCAACAUUUAUUAAAAUUGGUAUUGCAACUGUAUUUAAUAGAAGUUUAAUUAAAAAAUAUCCACUAUCUAUUAGCACCCUCGUUUUACAACCAAGCCAAUCAGUUAAAAUUCGAACACAAAACAAUAUUUUGCCAUUUAUCUUUACAAAUAUAACAAAAUUAGAAUUAGUGUUAAAUAAUACCAAACAGUUUACUAGAUCAUAUCUAGAGAAUUUGUUUCCAAUUGAAAUGUUUUCAUCGCAGGGUACCAAUGAUGAAUUACUACACAAACUAAAGAAAAUAAAUAUCAAAAGAAAUGAACAACAGGGAUCAAAUGCAACUUUAAAUACAAUUAGUAAUAACUCUUAUUACUCCUCGCAAACCACCCCAGACUUUUCAAGUAGUGACUAUAGUUUCGAAUGGACCAGAAAAAUUGAAAGUUUAAUAAUAUCAAAAAACCAAGCUUUUGAUGACACCGAACUAUUAGAUCUAUCAGUUUUAAACGACUUUGUCGAGCUGGGUGGCUUUGAAAAAAUCUACCAUUUAAAGCUUAUUUCAAACUACAAAAAGGUUCAAAACAUUGGGGAUUCACUAUUGGUCAAAAAGGUUACCCAUCUCAGCUUGUUUGGAAUCAAAAUAAAUUUAGAAUCUUUCGAUAAACUGCUCUCAUCAAAAAAUAAUAUUAAAUAUUUAGAAAUCUCACAGUGUACAACCGAUAGUGACAAAUCUUUUGGUUUAAACAAGAUACUUUCAAAACAUAUUUCAAGUGGCAACUCCAAACUAGUGUCUUAUUAUCACGAUACAUUUGAAAACCAAGAUGUCGAUGGUCUCAUAUUGCUGUUAAGCUCAACCCAAGGAAGCACAUUAACAACUGUAAAAUUUAAAAGUCUAAUUCAACUUUCAGACAAUAAAAUCGACAUUCAAUCAAUACCAUACAACUCCUCAUCAGUUAAGUUUUUAUCACUAGUACUACCAGAUCCAUCAUUUAUUAAAUUUAUCCUUUCAAAAGUUUCAUUUAAUCUAUCAAGUUUAAAUUUAAAGUUUAUUAAAUCUAACCUCAACGAAAAUAGUGAUGCGUUAAUCGAAAUCUUGUUGCAAAUUUUACAAAGCCAAAAUAGCAGUCUUAAGACUUUAAAAAUACUUUUAAACGAAAAAGAACUUGAUGAAAUUAAAAAGAGUACAUCAUAUCCAUCAACUUGUAAAAUGAAACAACUAUUUAAUUUUAUUACAAAUGAACCAAACCAAAUUCAGGAAUUAGAAUUAAGAAACAUUUGGAUUUCAAAAGAAACCUUUAUAGAAUCACUACUAUCAUUCAACGCAAACCCAAACUCAGCUUUACGUUCUCUUUACUUAACUGGUGUUUCAGAUGUAACCUCCGAAAAUCUCUAUGAUAAUGUAGAUAGUUUAUUUGUAAAUAAUUGCAAGCUUAUCACGUUAGGUUUGUCAUUAGUUCCAAUUAAUUCAAAACUUCCAAAACCAUCUAGCUUUGCGCAAAGAUACACCAUAUCAUUUUUCAGACCCACAUCAACUCUAACUUUUAUAGAUUUACUUACAGAGAUUCUCUUUAAAAAUAAAACCAUUCAACAUAUUUUCAUGGACGAAAUUGAUGAAAGAAUUUACUGGCUCACAAAUUCCAAUAAAGAAAGAUUAGAGGAAUCUAUAAAGAAAAAUAAGCAAUUGGUAUCUAUUGGUAUUCCAUACUAUUUAAGCCAACAUGUUCAGUCAUGUCCUAAUAACGGUGUUUUCCCAUUUUUUAAUCCACCAUCAAUAAACAAAUAA